AUGCCUUCCAGCUCUACCGAGAAACCAACUUCAUCUAAAAUUAGAAGGGGAAGAAAGAGGGCUUAUGUGGGAGAAAUACAUACCAGUGAUUUUUCUUCACCUGAGAAAAGGAAAAGGAAUAUGAAUAUUAUAAGGAAGAGAGUACAGAUCCAAAAUAAAAAGAUUCGCAUAUUACAGCAGUCUGUUCGAAGGAUGAAGCAUAAUAUAACCUCCAUGAAAACAUUGCUAGACUAUUUGAGAGAAAAAUCGCUUAUAUCAGAAUCUGCCGAAGUAACUAUAUCUGCAUCUGUCAAUCCUGGAGCUGCAAGUGAUUUAUUCCAAAGAAAGUUGAAAGGAAAGCGUAGCCAAAAAUAUAAUCCAACAUUGAGAGCCUUUGCAUUAACUUUGGCCUUCUAUUCACCAAAAGGGUACAAUUUUGUUAGAAAAACCUUCAACAACAGCCUACCUCAUUUAGAAACUAUCUCAAAGUGGUACAGAUCUGUGGAUGGCAGUCCAGGAUUCACAAAUGAAGCAUUAACUGCCUUGUCUCUAAGACAAAAAGAAGUUUCCUAUCCGUUAUUAUGCAAUCUUGUUAUGGAUGAAAUGUCUAUCAGACGUCAAGUUGAAUGGACAGGUUCUAAAUUCACGGGAUAUGUGGAUGUUGGUACCAACUUAGAUUCUGACAUUCUACCUGAAGCUCGAGAAGCAUGCUAG